CCGCGCGGACUAAAUUUCUUCUCCUUUUCUCUCCUUGACAGCUGAUUGGCAAGUUGGCCGGCUGGCUGACCGCCGUCAAAUGGCUAUGGCGUCGUUUUCUUGUCCGCUUCUACAAAAGCCUCCUUUGUGAUUGCUUGAAAUUUGGUGGACAUUGAGCAGGGUAAGAGAAUGCAGAAUCAGAGUUUGGUGUUUGCGGUUAAUGGCCAGAGAUUUGAGCUGGAAAAGGUCGAUCCUUCAACUACUUUGCUUGAAUUUCUGCGAACGCAGACUCGAUUUACUGGGGCAAAGCUUGGAUGCGGAGAAGGUGGUUGCGGAGCUUGUGUAGUUCUCUUAGGAACAUAUGAUCCAGUGAGCGAACAAGUAGAAGAAUUCGCAAUUAGCUCAUGUCUCACUCUUAUCUACAGCAUAAACUUUUGUUCAGUCACAACUGCUGAGGGCCUAGGAAAUGCUAAAGAUGGCUUCCAUUCUAUUCACAAAAGGUUUUCUGGCUUUCAUGCUUCGCAAUGUGGAUUCUGUACUCCUGGCAUGUGCAUGUCUCUUUACUCUGCUCUAAUAAAAGCUGAGAAAAGUGAAAGGCCAGCUCCUCCUUCUGGCUUCUCAAAACUCACUGUUACUGAAGCUCAGAAAGCCAUUUCGGGCAAUCUUUGUAGAUGUACAGGUUACAGGCCAAUUGUUGAUGCCUGCAAGAGUUUUGCUGCAGAUGUGGAUUUAGAAGAUCUUGGUCUCAAUGCAUUCUGGAAAAAAGGGGAAAACUCUGCAAGUGUUGAGAAGUUGCCCUCUUUUACUGUUGCUUCUACUUUCCCAGAGUUCUUAAAGUCGGAAAUCAAGUCCGUUUUGAAUUGCAAUUCAGCACUUCCAAAUGGUUCAGUCAAUGGAAACAAAACACAACUGGAUAUCUGCUUUAAUGCCAUGCCGGCAAGUUUGGCGGACGAUUCUUGGCAUUACCCUAAGACUGUUGAUAAUGUUUAUAAGCUAUUGAAUUCAAAAGAAUUUAAUGGUAGCAUGGUCAAAAUGGUUGCUGGCAAUACUGGUUCUGGUGUCUAUAAGGAGGAUGACCUGUAUGAUAGAUUCAUUGAUCUAAAAGGAAUUCCUGAGCUUUCUUCAAUCAAAUGUGAUGACAAAGGCAUUCAAAUUGGUGCAACUGUGACAGUUUCAAGGGCUAUUGAAGUACUGAAAGAAGAAAGAAAGAGCUUGGUUUUUAAUAAAAUUGCGGAGCACUUGACCAAGGUGGCCUCAGAAUUUGUUCGCAAUACUGCAAGUAUAGGAGGAAAUCUGAUACUGGCACAAAGGAAGGGGCUCCCAUCAGACAUUGCCACCGCACUGAUAGCUGUUGAUUCAACUGUCUGUUUACAAACAGAUUCAAAAAGAUUGGCCGUUAAAUUGGAGGAGUUCUUAGAGAUGCCCCCCUUAAUGAAUCACAGAACCCUUCUUCUGAGCAUCCACAUUCCAUCCUGGACUUCAUCUCCCAAUUCAAAUUCAGACACCAAUGGUUCUGUUGAAUCCAAACUGCUAUUUGAAACCUACAGGGCAGCACCAAGACCCCUGGGAAAUGCAGUUGCAUAUCUCAAUUCUGCUUUCUUAGCUCACACUUCUGCAGAUAAAAAUUCUGAUCAUAUUAUAAUAGAUAAUCUGAAGUUGGCCUUUGGUGCAUACGGGAGCGCACACGCAAUAAGGGCUAGGGAUGUUGAAAAAUUAUUGAUUGGCAAGCCUUGCACAUCAGCCAUUUUACUUGAAGCAAUUAUACUGCUUAAGAAGAUUAUUGUACCUAAACAAGGCACUGCACAUCGUGCUUAUAGGUCAAGUUUAGCUGCUGCUUUCUUAUUUGAUUUUCUUCUUCCGCUUUGUAAAGACAUGAAAGGAAUUGAAGAAUUAAGUUUAUCUAAUGGUCCUGCACCUGCAGAGAAUUUUGAUGAUAGUAGUGGUGAAUGCUUCGGCAAUCAUGAUCUGCUUUUAUCCUCAAAACAACUAUUGUCUUAUGGGACACAGCAUCGCCCCAUUGGUGGGCCAACAAAGAAAGUUGGUGCUGAGCUUCAAUCUUCUGGUGAGGCAAUCUAUGUGGAUGACAUUCCUUCUCCGAAAGACUGUCUUUUUGGAGCUUUCAUUAUCAGUACAAGACCAUUAGCUCGCAUCACCGACAUUAGCUUCAAAGCCACAAGGGCGACACAAAAAAUUAUCACUGUUAUUUCGGCUGCAGACAUCCCCAAAGGAGGGGGAAAUAUUGGUUGUUGCAACUUGCUUGGAGUGGAUCCAUUAUUUGCAGAUUCUCUUGCUGUGCAUGUUGGUCAGCCACUGGGUGUUGUGAUUGCAGAAACACAACAGUUUGCCAACAUGGGAGCUAAACAAGUUCUUGUUGACUACAGCACAGAGGGUUUGGAACCUCCUAUUUUGUCCAUGGGAGAGGCUGUGCAAAGAUCCAGCUUCUUUGACGUACCCCCUUUUUUUUGUCCGGAGCAAGUUGGCGAUUUCGGCAAAGGAAUGCUAGAAGCUGAUCACAAGAUUCUCUCCGCUGAGAUUACACUCCCUUCUCAAUAUUACUUCUACAUGGAGACACAAACAGCUCUUGCAGUACCAGAUGAGGAUAAUUGUAUGGUGGUGUACAGUUCUACUCAAUUUCCAGAGGAUACUGGUGUUAUAAUUGCCAAGUGCCUUGGUGUCCCAGUGAACAAUAUUCGUGUGAUAACAAGAAGAGUUGGAGGAGGUUUUGGUGGCAAGGCAACAAAAGCAGUACCUGUUGCAACUGCUUGUGCUUUGGCAGCGUACAAGCUACGGCGUCCUGUCCGAAUGUAUGUUGAUCGUAAAACUGAUAUGAUAAUGAAUGCAGGACGGCAUCCAAUGAAUAUAAAGUACUCAGUGGGUUUCAAGUCUGAUGGAAAAAUUACAGCUUUACAUAUCGAUCUGUUAAUAGAUGCUGGCAUCUUUCUAGAUUACAGCCCACUAAUAGCACGUUCUGUAAUUGAAGCUUUGAAGAAAUACAACUGGGGUGCUCUUUCUUUUGAUAUCAAGCUUUGUAAGACAAAUCUUCCAUCAAAAUCAGCAAUGAGGGCGCCCGGGGAUUUGCAGGGAUCUUUUAUUGCCGAAGCUAUUAUUGAACAUGUCGCAUCAAGCCUCCAUAUUGACACAUACCUGAUUAGAAAGAAAAAUCUUCACAGCAUCGAGAGUCUCGAGUAUUACUAUAGAGAAUUUGAAACAGAAGCUUCUGAAUACACAUUGCCAUCUUUGUUUGAUAAACUGGUUACAUCUACAAUUUAUAGUCAUCGUGUGACAAAAAUUCAAAUUUUAAAUAGCUUUUCUUUGUGGAAGAAGCGGGGAAUUUCAUGUGUACCCAUAGUCUAUCCAGUAACAGUUAGGCCAACCCCCGGAAAAGUGGGCAUCCUCAAAGAUGGUUCAGUUGUUGUGGAGGUUGGAGGAAUUGAGUUGGGUCAAGGGCUAUGGACAAAAGUGAAGCAGAUGGCUGCUUUUUCUCUUGGAGAAUUAUGGGGAAAUGAUAUUCCAGAUCUUCUUGAGAGAAUAAGGGUUAUUCAAGCCGAUACUUUAAGUUUGAUCCAGGGAGGAUGGACUGCUGGGAGCACCACAUCUGAGUCAUGCUGUGAGGCUGUUCGUUGUGCUUGCAGUGUCUUGGUUGACAGGCUGAAGCCUCUAAAGGACAGGUUACAAGAGCAAACGGGCUCAAUUUCUUGGAACAAUUUGAUUUUCCAGGCAAGUCUUCAAUCAGUGAACUUAUCAGCAAGCACUCUUUGGGUUCCAGAUGAAGGUUCUAACAGGUACCUGAAUUAUGGUGCUGCUGUGAGUGAGGUGGAGGUUGAUCUUCUUACUGGAGCCACUACCAUUUUGCAGACUGAUAUAAUCUAUGACUGUGGACAGAGCCUAAAUCCUGCUGUGGAUCUGGGGCAGAUUGAAGGCGCUUUUGUUCAAGGAAUUGGUUUCUUCAUGUGCGAGGAAUACUUAUCAAACUACGAUGGUUUAGUGAUUUCUGAUGGGACAUGGACUUACAAGAUCCCAACUGUUGACAACAUUCCAAAGAAAUUUAAUGUCGAGAUUCUAAAUAGUGGACAUCAUAAAAAACGUGUUCUUUCCUCUAAAGCUUCUGGGGAGCCACCUCUAUUACUAGCUGCUUCAGUCCACUGUGCAACAAGGGAAGCAAUAAAAGCUGCGAGAGCUAAUAUCUUCACCAAUAGAUCAGAAGAACCUAAUCUGGUUUUCCAGUUGCAGGUUCCUGCAACCAUGCCGGUGGUCAAAGAACUAUGUGGGCUGGACAAUGUGGAGAGGUACUUGGAAGCCUCUAUUGCAGCUCAGCAAUCAUGACUAUAACAGACAAUAAGGUUUUGAAUUCUGAAAUGCUUCCACAACAAUAUAUGAAUCUUUCUUCCUCAUUUUUCCUUUCAGCGUUUCGGUUAUUUAGCUUGUCAACGCAGCUGUAGAAUGCAAUUCUCCUUUUGUUUUAUUUGUCUUCCUUUUUCAAGCCCAGGGCCUUCAUGAGUUGGAUGUACUCUUAAUAAAUUGUGGUUACAAAAUGUAUCAAAGUUUUAUUUCCCUA